UUAGGGUGCUUUUGGGAGUGUGUGAAGUGACUCAAGUAUUUAUGUGAAGACAUUUCUGACUAAUAUAUUUUAAUUUAUUUUAUAACGCACCAUAUUAUAAGGCCAAGAAACUAAUCCAAAGGCUUUGCACAAUGGUUGCAACAAGCACACAGAAGAACAAAAGCUCUGAAUUCAUCUCGGAUUUUGUUGACAAAGGAUACGACCGGGAAUGCAUCGACAACGAACUGGACUUUUGGGAGCGCUGCCUGGCUGAGCCGUAUCUGAGUGCCGAAGCUUGUGAGGAAUGGGCGUGCCAACAGCUGGUGCGGCUGCUUGAGGGCUGCUUGGCGCGUGCAAAGACCAGCACUCUACAUUGCACAAAAGUAUUACUGCCCGUGACACUGACCCGGCGGGUGGCACGGGACGUUUUGAGGCUUGCGGCCAGUGAACCCUGUGGGUUACGUGGCUGCGUGCUGGAUGUGCGUCUCGAGCUGGAGGAGCAGCAUAAACAGCGACGAUGUGCGAAGCUCGAACGCUUGGUUUGUGAUGCCCGCAUGGUGCCCACCUUUGAGCUGACGCUGGUCUUCAAACAAGACGGAAGCAGCUGGAUGAACUUCAGGGACUUUCUGCGUAUUGGGACGUGCUUUUCGCGUCGCACACUCAAGCUCGGCCCUGGGUUUCGGCUCGUUAAAAAGAAGCUCUACUCGUCAGCGGCUGGUACCGUAGUCGAGGAGUGCUGAGCCACUGGGCUUGGGUUUAAUGGUACCAGAGCACUUCAGGAUGUAAAUGUACAGGGCUGCCUUUUGAACAGCUCUUUUUUUUUCUGCACUUUUUAUACUAUAAUGUGAACUAGUUCUGUAGAUUCACUGUAUGUUUGGUUUUGGGGGAGGUGGAUUAACACAGUGAGCCAUUCAAUAUGUUGAGUUUAAUGUACUUUGUUAUAGGAUGCUGUGCCCAUACUUGUGCUGUCUGUGUUAUUCAGAUUUCCUACUUCUAUUUCCUAGUGCACAAAUGUUUGUGCCAUUAAUUCAUGUGAAUUCUCACUAGGAUGUAACAAAUACCUUACUAAAUAUUAAAGGGACUUGCACAGCUUCAUAUCAAGUGUGUGGGUGAGGGGUGUGUUUCUGAAAGUAUUGUGCUUUCUGCAGUGCGUGCUUGUAAAAACAUGCUGCUGAAGACAUUAAAGAUCAAUUUAAGUGUAAUGUUUUCAAUGUCCUAAAAUUGUUUAAAAAGAAUUUUUGGCUUUUCUAUGAAACUUACUGGGCAAGCUGUUGGUGCUUGACUGGGUAUCCCCUAUGUUCUGUCUUUGUCCAUCACUAUUGCAGUGCUGUUCUGAUAACUGGAUGUAUUUUUAAGAGGUUCCUGUUACAGGAAGUGGAAUUUCUUGUCUAUUUGACAAUAAACUAUUUUGAAUAGA